UGGUCUCAGUCAGUUCUUGGUGAACCGUUCGUUGUGCUGGUCGUGUACCGUAGUUAACGCUGCCGUUGUUGUGUUUAAAUUCACUUACAACUACACUUCUUUACUGCCAUAUAGUAAAACAAAAAAAAAAAAAACAAAACAAAAAAAACUUGUUCCGUGUGUGUGUGUGUAGCUUUGUGUCUUACAGUAGUAGUCGUUGUAGCCGUUGUUUGUCGAAAUUGUUGGUCCGCGUUGUAUCAUCUAGUACAGGUUUAGCCUUAGCCUCGACUUGAGGGUGUGCUUCAUACAAAGAAGUGUUAGUGUGUUUUGUAGUUUAAUAAAUUAAGGUAUCAGCCUGAAAGUCUAAAGAAAAAACAAAAACAACAACAAAAAGUAAAAGAAAAAAAAGAACAGAAUCCAAUAGAAAAACAAGUGUGAAAAAUGCCAUCAGCGUUCCGCAGGUGCACGCUGCAGGCCGUGUUACUCGCCUGUCUCUGCAUGGCCAUGUCGCCCUGGCGCGCCAAUGCCAGCAUCAUUGAGAAACUCCGCGAUGAUUCCGAUCUGUCGCAGGCGACAACGCUGAGGCGCCUUAUACCUGUUAGGUUUUAUAGUUUACUAGAGCAAAAUAUCAUUGCGAAUUCCACUUUAACACUGCGGCCAUGCACAGUGUUUGUGCCCACAAAUGCUGCAUUCCAGCGCCAUCAUGGACCCACACAUGUGCUCUAUCAUAUAACAACGACACCAAUGACGAAGGACGAACUUAUAAAAAUCAUACCAUCGGAUAUGGGUGGUAAUCCAUCAUUGUAUAUAACGAAAAAUCGCAAUGGCGACAUAUAUGUGAAUAACGCUAGAAUAAUACCAUCACUAACCGUCGAAAUGACCAAUAGUCUGGGAAUGCGUCAGGUAAUGCACAUAAUCGAUGAAGUCCUUGUGCCACUUACUGCACUGCCCACUGCCAAAAUAGAGUUCACCAAUUUGGAUGCUUAUCAAUUUUUGAAACAAGCGGAUCUCUUGGAUAUCGGCGAGAAUCGUUUGAGAUCGUACCGUUCGCAAGUGACUUUAAUGCGUAGAGAUAAUCUCUACCAGUCGCCAGGUGGACACACUUUUCUAAUACCAGUCGACGAAGGGUUCAAGCAAACCACACGCAGCAGUUUGGUGGACAACAAAGUCAUCGACGGACACGUCAUACCGAAUAAUGUGAUUUUCACGGCGGCCGCACAAAUUGAGGUGCCACAAACCACAGCCGCAUUUGAGGACAAUCUCAAAGUAACCGCUAGUUUCUUCAAACAAAAAGAUGGCAAAAUGUAUGUCAAAUCAAAUACAAUUGUGGGUGAUGAGAAACACCCCACUGGUGUUGUACUAGCGGAAAUUGUCAAAGCCAAUAUUCCGGUGCGAAAUGGUGUGGUGCAUCUGAUUCAUCGGCCGCUAAUGAUAAUCGACUCGACUGUGACGCAAUUUUUACAGUCCUUUAAGUUGAUGAACGACAAUGAAAAUGGUGCUCUACGCAAAUUUUAUAACGUCAUAAUGGAUAAUGGUGGCGAAGUGCUGACCGAUAUAAGCAAUUUGGGCGAGAUUACGAUACUGGCACCGAGCAAUGAUGCUUGGGCCGCAAAAAGUGUUGAGAAUAAUUUGGGUAAUCGUGAGAAAGUGCGCAGCAUUUUGAAUAUGCACAUUAUCAAGGGCAAAUUGAAUGUUGCACAAAUUCACCAGAAAAACGCUAAGAUGAUUGCUCAGGUGCCAACUGUUAACGAUCGUACAUUUUUAUAUUUCAACAUUAGAAAUGAAAAUGGCGAAGAUGUCAUCACUGUUGAGGGUGGUGGCGUUAAUGCAACUGUAUUGCAAGCGGAUGUUGCUCAAACUAAUGGUUAUGUACACAUCAUCGAUAAGGUACUAGGUAUACCAUACACAACUGUAUUAGAAAAACUUGAAACCGAUCCCAUGAUGAGCGAUACCUUCAAACUGGGCCAAUUUUCUGAUUUCAACAAUCAAUUGAAUAACACUAAGCGUCGCUUCACUUAUUUCGUGCCACGUGACAAGGCUUGGCAAAAGACCAAACUGGAUUAUCCUUCUACUCAUAAGAAACUCUUUAUGGAAGACUUCUCCUAUCAUUCACGCUCAAUAUUAGAACGCCACUUAGUGAUUGCCGAUAAAGUCUACACAAUGAAUGAUUUGGUGGCCAUGACAGCUGAAUCUGGUGAUUCCGUUUUGUUGCCAACUUAUAGAGAUUCAUUGAAAGUGAAAGUAGAGGAAGAGGCUGGACAUCUUCACGAUGAUAGUGGUUUAAUAGAGUGGACUGGCUAUGUAAUCACUUGGAAUUUCAAGAAGAUCAACGUCUAUCGACCGGAUGUUGAAUGCACCAACGGCAUAAUUCAUGUCAUCGAUUAUCCCAUGCUGGAGGAGCGGGAUGUUGUCGUUAACGGAGGUUAGGCAUUAAACCUACUUAGGAACCUUCAACUACUACACUACAUAAUCACAUUGUGUAGGUAAAAACAUAGCGCAGUUCAAACUGUGUCGUUGAUGUGUGUACUGUACUCUCUACCAUAUUUCUCAGUUCACAUUCCGUUACUGUUCAACAACAUUGUUACAAAAUGAUUACGAUCUGUUUCCUUUAUAAUUGAUACAUCUACUUCUACUUCUACAACUGCAAUAAUACUAUUACUUGUUGUAUUUGUAUUAUGUAUAGUAAUGGUAUUUAAUAAAAUUGAAGUUAAACAUUAAAAUUGUUCAAAUAUAAAAAAGUAAAUAAUAAUUAUUAAAAAAUAAAUAAAAAAUUAAAUGCAGUAAAUAUUUGAUAACAACCACAAAUUCAGUAAACACUUACAAGUAUAUACAUAUAUGAGAAAUUAGUUAAGCAAAAAGUUAUAAAAAAUAUACAACACUAAAUAAGUAAAUUUUGAAUAAAGUAAAAAGCGCAUAUUAUGCUCAUUAACCAAUGUUGAUGCCAACAUAAUUAAGUAGUUAAUAUAAAUGUAAUAACUAAAUGACAACUUCAUUUUAAUCUAAUAGUAUUUAGCCUACAUUUAAUGUGGUGUUUGCACUGUAAGUUUCGCAGUAGAUUCAAAGAAACAAUUUAAGCUAAAGCAGAGUAUACAUAUUGACAUAUUGAUGGUGUGUGGUAAGCUCGCUUAAUCAUAAAUAUUAUCUAAAUAAUGUACAAAUUCAUUCAGUAGCUGUAGCUUCAUUUUCGAGUGAAAAAAGCAUAAUAAUAAAUUUAAGUAAAAUUUAAUCAAAUAUGAGCAUUUCUCACUCACACGAAAACAUUUUGACAGUCAAAAGGUCACAACUGACGUCACAUUUGAAAAACUGAACUAUUUGACAGUUCAUUCGUUCUUGUAUUAAAUAAGAGUUCACAUUAAAUUAUAAAAAUCUGGUAUUCUUUUGCAAAAUUUAUGAGUAAAUAUUGAAAAUAACGUAAGGAAAUUGACGAAGUCACACGCUUGACAUUGAAGCGCAUUUGAACUUAGCUGUCAAAAUGUAGCCGUUACGCAACGCAACGCAAAGUAAACACUUCAUCUGACAUGACCUUAAAACGAUAUGCGAAGGUUAAUAGUCCUUCUCGCUAAGCUGAGGAACACUGACAAUUGUUAACAAUUUUUACUGAACUCGUACGGUGAGGCGAAAAGACAGUAAAAUUUGAGAAUAGCGCAUUUUUCACAUUUCAUUACUGUCUAAUUCUUACUGACAUUUCUCAUCGAGCAGCGCUAAUAACAGGGUUUACCAGAAGAGGUGAGUUGUUUUUAGUGAGUCAAAGUCUCACACUGGCAGAGUUAAGGGGUUAUAUAGGUCUUGAAGGCAAAAAAAAAAGAGCUUGGUUUCUCUAAUUUUUCAAAAGAUACUAAACAAAGUAUAAA